GCCACUACCAUCCUCUCCUCUCCCAUCUAAAGCCUCCGACUCACCUCUCUCUCUCUCUGUCUCUGUCAAUGGCGAAUCCUCUUCUGCCAUGGAAUUCUCGUAGGGAGAUGAGUAGUACAGAUUGUGAUGGUAAAAGUCUAAGUAAUAAGAAGCAGGAGAGGGGGCAUGAGACACUGAAACCAAGAGUGAGGAAGAACGCGAAAUCAAGCGCCUCUGGGCCGAAGAAACCGCCUCAAAGAGGACUGGGAGUGGCACAGCUAGAACGAUUGAGGUUGCAGGAGAGCUGGAAGAAGAUCAUCGAGUUCGAAAAUUCCCAACGAGGACCUCGUAAAGUCGAUGAUCAUCAGCUCCCAUUCCCUUUCGCCGAUCACCAGAAUGGGGUUUUUGUUCCAUACUCGAAGUCCGAUCACUUCAAUAUUGGAGGAUUCACUAGUGAUGAUGGCCAUGCAAACUCGCAGCUGCCUUCCCAUCUUCAUCCGUACAAGCUCCCCAAUGGCUCUGUCUCAGCAACUGCCGGAACUCCCGCCGGCGUCCGAUCGUCCAUGUUUUCUGAUCAGUUUCUGAUGGAUGUGAUGAGGGUAACCGCUCAGGAACCAAGGUUUCAGAGCGGGAAUCUACAUCUGUACGAGACCAACAAAGAGCUCUCUUCAACCCAAACGAUGCAUUGCUGGUCCGAUCAAUGCGACGUCUCUAAGAAGAAGCAAAUCCAUGGCGGAAAUCUAGGGUCCAACUAUAACGUAGAGUCAAGAAAAUAUGAGACAAUGCUGUCUAUCGGUUUGAAUCUGGGAACCGACGGGCCCAUUAAUGGGGAGCAAAAGCAAGAUAUCGGCGUUGAUGUGAAUCCGGCCACUUUUUCAGCACCUGGCGUUCAUAAGGGAAUGGCGGUGGAAGGCAGGAGCAUAUUAAUGGAGUACCAGUUUUCCCCUGAAAAAGUUGACCCAAGUAGUGUCCACCACAUUAGCAACACCUGCAACAAUGGAGCCUGUGGUUGUUCUUCCUAUAUUGACAUCUUCCAUACUGGAGUUGCUGCAGUGGGUGAAGCUUCUGUUACUACUAAUUCUCUUGAUUUGUCCCUCAAGCUUUCCAUUUAGACCCAGUAAGCAACUUUUAAAAUUUUCCAUUUCUUCUUUUUCUUCUCUGUGUAAUCAGUAACUGAACCAAAUCCAAGCUUAGGCUUUUGGGCUGGGUUUUUCUUGUGAUUAUAUUAAAGUAAAAUCAGAAUUUAAAUUUAGAGACUAUAUCUGCAUUACUCUACUCCAAAUCUGAGACCCAAAUUAAAUCUCUUACGUCGGUUUCAUUUUGAGAAGCAUCUUAUGCUCACACCUUGUAUUCAAGAUAUUGAAGUAAAUUUGAUGGUUGGAGAACUUAAUUUGGAUCUUAAUCCCAA